AUGGCGUACCCUUUUCAACUCGGAUUACAGGACGCAACCUCCCCUAUCAUAGAGGAGCUACUUCAUUUUCAUGAUCAUACAUUAAUAAUUGUAUUCCUAAUCAGCUCAUUAGUUCUUUACAUUAUCUCAUUGAUACUAACCACUAAACUAACACAUACAAGUACUAUAGACGCACAAGAGGUUGAAACGGUAUGGACCAUCUUACCAGCCAUUAUUCUCAUCCUAAUCGCCCUACCUUCUCUCCGAAUUCUCUACAUAAUGGACGAAAUCAAUAACCCAUCCUUAACAGUAAAAACGAUAGGCCACCAAUGGUACUGAAGCUAUGAGUAUACCGACUACGAAGACCUAAAUUUUGAUUCUUACAUAAUCCCAACACAGGAGUUAAAACCAGGAGAGCUUCGACUGCUAGAAGUCGACAAUCGAGUGAUCCUCCCAAUAGAAAUAACCGUCCGAAUAUUAAUCUCUUCAGAAGAUGUACUACACUCAUGAGCCGUCCCAUCACUAGGCCUUAAAACAGACGCCAUCCCAGGACGAUUAAACCAGACCACCCUAAUAGCCAUACGACCAGGACUAUACUACGGCCAAUGCUCUGAAAUUUGCGGAUCUAACCACAGCUUCAUGCCCAUCGUUCUUGAAAUAGUCCCCCUAUCUUAUUUCGAAACCUGAUCUGCCCUUAUAGUAUAA